AUGUCACCGCCUCUUCGCAUCUACCACCUGGGUAUAGAAGGAUCGCAAGGCUGUGAUGACCGUGUUCCCGGUGGCCACAUAAGCUAUGUCGCGCGGAUUCGCGAGACCCAUCUUCGGAAAAGGCCAAAGAACGAGACGGAUUUUAUUUUGAUCCUUCCCGAGCAACUUGGCUACCUGGCUCUAUGGCACAGCGAUACCAAAGAACUGGAGGUCGAUUUUCGCAUCGCAGGGAAAUGCCACAACUGCGAGCAUCCUGGACGUGCGUACCGGAGGAGGCUCAUUGAUAGCGAUGCUACCAAACGUUAUGGAAAUUUCUGCGACCGCGAAAUUAUCGAUCCUGAACCAUACUCAGAGAUAGGACAUAUGCGCCUGCUGGGGAUUAGCCAGGGCACCCAAAGGGUCAAAAUAGAACCGGGAUAG